AUGGCUCAAACCGCCCUUAAAAUCUCUUUGAGGAAGAGAUUUGAUGGGAUGCUAUUUGGAGAUUUGGCAGAACUGGCAAACAAAGUAUCUAAAUACGAGGAGCUGCUCAGGGAAGAACAACAAAAGAGAAACUCUUCCAAAGGCACAUAUUACAAGACCCCAUCUUCUUUAGUACAUCUAGUUGAAGUACAAUCAGAAAAAGGCACAGAAGGCUCAAAAGAAAGAGAAGUUGCAGUGGCAGAAAUGGCAAGGUUGAAACAUUCCAUCAACUGCAAGGCUCUGACAAAGCAACCAAAGGAUCAGAAGCCACCACCUUUCACAGGAGGAUUUGUUCCAAACAAACCAACACAGAACAAGGUCUAUUCUUUCGAUCUAACCAAGGUUGAUGCUUUGUUUGAUUAG